AUGUUCACGACAGAAAUGUUAGAAGCUAAUCAAACCGAGGUUGUUUUACAAGAUCUUAAUUAUGAUACCCUUGAACAACUUGUCUCGUUCGCAUAUUGUGGUGAGCUGCGUAUAUCAGCAGGAAAUGUGCAGUCGAUAAUGAUUGGGGCAAAUUUCCUACAGCUGGACGGUGUGGCUGAAAAAUGUGCAGAAUACCUUCAAACUCGCUUACACCCUUCGAAUGCUCUUGCAAUUCGUGCGUUCUGUUCGGCACUUGGUUGCAGGUCAGUGGUAUCGGCUGCCGAUCGUUUUGUGCAAAAACACUUCGUGUCGGUGUGUCGCAGCGAUGAAUUCGUUCAGCUGUCGGUUGAUGAUGUAGUCGAACUCUUAUGUAUGGACGGGCUUUACGUUGAAUCUGAAGAGGCGGUGUUCGAAGCCGCGUUUCGUUGGAUUCAACAUGAUUUAGAACGUCGGAAGAAGUUUGCAUCGAGGCUACUUGCUUGUGUUCGGCUUCCUCUGCUGAAACCAUCGUUUCUGGCUGAUCAAGUAGCUGGUCAUCAACUGGUUCGAGGAGAUCUGGCAUGCAGAGAUCUUGUAGACGAGGCAAAGGACUACCAUCUUAUCCCGGAACGACGACCAUAUCUACGCUCAUUUCGAACAAAGGCUCGAUGUUGCAAUGAUGUUCCCGGUUUGAUGUUUGCAAUAGGAGGUCUAUCUACCGGCGGAGAUUCGUUAUCCACUGUCGAAAUGUACGAUCCACUAACAAAGCGAUGGACGCCAGUUCGUUCGAUGACUAGUUUUCGUUCUAGAGUUGGCAUAGCUGUACAUGAUCGUAAGAUAUACGCCAUUGGAGGGUUCAAUGGACAUGACCGCCUCAAGAUAGUCGAGUCUUACGACUACAAUAAGAAUGAGUGGACGCCGGUAAGAGCUUCCACUUACCUUCGAUCAGUUGCGGUUGAUAACGCCUUGUUUUUUCCGGUUGCACCGUUAACGAAGAAGCGCUCUGCUCUUGCCGCUGCGUUCUUCAAUAGCAAGCUUUACGUGUGUGGUGGUUAUGAUGGUAUAACAAGCCUUGCAACUGUGGAGGUGUACUGCCCAGAAAAGAACAUGUGGGAACUUGGAGAAUCUAUGACAAAGCAGCGUAGCGCCGCCGGCGUAGCAGUUCUUGACGGAUACCUAUACGUGAUGGAGCUCACGACGCGAUUUUCGCCUGAGAAAGGACAGUGGGAGGCCGUGCCCUCGAUGCUUUCGAAACGAUGUCGGCUUGGCGCCACAACGUUGAACGGCAAAAUUUAUGUGUGCGGAGGGUAUGAUGGUGCUCAAUUCCUUAAUAGUGUUGAAUGCUUUGAUCCAGUGACAAUGAGGUGGUCACCAGUGACACCGAUGAACAUCAAACGCAGCCGUGUGUCGCUGGUUUCGAAUGCGAACUCGAUAUACGCUAUCGCUGGGUAUGAUGGCAUGUCGAACCUUUCUUCAAUGGAAGUAUACCGUGAAGAGACGGAUCAAUGGGAGUUGUCGACGCCACUCGGAUCACAUGAAGGAGGUGUAGGUGUGGGAGUCAUCCCAAUCCCGCCUAACAUGUUAGCUGGAUAA